CACCGCGGCUGUGCCGUGCCGGCCCCUGCCCCAUGGGAGUUGGUGCGGGGGGUGAGGGGGGCACCAGCCACUGCCCCAGAUCCGUGCUGCCGCUUUAACGGGCGCUGCCAGGGCGCUAAUGCCCCCUAAUCAGCUGUCCGUCACCGCAGCCCCCAGACCGAUAUAAAACGCCCCGCAGCAGCUCCCGGCUCUGCUCCCGCAGCAUGGCAGCUCCUCAGGGACAGGGGAGCCCAGGCCAAGAGCCGGGGGGCUGCAGGGGGCCGUGGGGAGCCCUGCAGGGACCCCCACCAGCCCUGCUGCCCUGCCCCUACCCCCUGCUGGCCGGCUACAGCCUGCUGCCGCCCCCCCUGAGCCUCUUGGCGCCCUCGGUAAGUGAUGCCCGGCAGCUCCCGGGGGACCCCUCCCCGGUGGGGGGCUGAGGCUGGGCCCCACCGCCCUGCUGGUGCCGCAGCCCCGCACCCUGCUGCCCCCGGCACCUUGGGGUGUGCAGUGCUGGGCAGGGGAGGGUGGGGAGGGAUGCACGGGACCUGCCCCAGCCUGAGCGGGAAGGGCCAAAACCUCCACCCCGAGACCCCCACCUCUGUGCCUCCCCCUGCCACAACACCUCCGUGCCCCCAGGUCCCACCGGCCUGCGCCGUGCCCCCGGGGCUGCUGCCCGGCACCGGGCUCUGCCCCCCCUGCUGCCGGCAGCCCCUGCCCCUGGAGCCAGGGCGCGUGAAGGCGACCACGGCGCGGGAGAGCACCGGGGCGCUGAAGGCCUGGCUGGCCCAGCACCCCCGGAACCCCUACCCCAGCAAGGGCGAGAAGGUGAUGCUGGCCAUGGUGAGCCGGAUGAGCCUCACGCAGGUCUCCACCUGGUUCGCCAACGCCCGGCGGCGCCUCAAGAAGGAGAACAAGGCGGGCUGGGCAGCGCGCAGCACCUCCGACGGCGAGGACAGCGAGGGCGAAGGGGCUCUGAGAGGGACCCCCCCCGGCUCCAGCCCCGGCCCCGCGCAGGAUGGAGGUGGGAGCAGCCCCACUGCGGGGCCGGGCCCUGGGCAGGGCGAGCGGCUGCAGAAACCCAAAAUCUGGAGCGUGGCGGCAAUGGUGGCGUCUGGCCCUGGAGAGAGUGGGGGAACUGCGGCGCUGCCAGGGCAGGAGUAGGGGGGGCUCGGUCCCUCCUGCCCCUGGGGUCAGGCUGCAGCAGGGUGUGUGUUGCCAAUGAAUGUUCGUGCAGCUCGGACCCUGCCCCGGCCCCUCUGCCCCACACAGCCCCCCUGGAGCCUCCUGCACCCCAGCCCCUGGGGGAGGAAGAGCCCUGGCACCUCCCAGCACUUCAGUGCCUUCCUCCCCCAUUCCAGGUGUCCUGGGACCACCGAGGGGCUGGGCUCAGGUGGGGGCUGUGGGGGCGGAUGCACUGUGCCACAGAACGGGCACACGGGAACCACCGCGCACAGGGGAUGCGGGAGGGAGCAGUGAGCACAGCCCCGUUGUGCACUGCGACAGCCUCACCCCAUGGGGCUGCCCGGGGCCCUGCCCCAUGGCAGCUGGGGGCAGCUCUGGGGGGGCCAGGUGGGGCUGGGGGGG